AAAAUGACUCGCUCCAAACUGAAGGAAGUUGUGGAGAAAGGAGUGGUGAUUCCAACAUGGAAUAUUUCUCCAAUUAAGAAGGCAAACGAGGUGAAGCCUCCUCAGUUUGUGGACAUUCCUCUUGAGGAAGACGAUUCAUCUGAUGAAGAAUACCAGCCUGAUGAUGAGGAUGAGGAUGAGACUGCAGAAGAGAGCUUACUGGAAAGUGAUGUGGAGAGCACUGCUUCUUCUCCUCGGGGAGCAAAACGAUCCAGGACACGGCGGUCAUCUGAUGAAGAGGGAGGGACGCUCUGUGAGAUGGAGAAGGUUACUCCGCCUGUUGUUAGACAUAUUAGUGCUGAAGUAGUUCCCAUGGGACCUCCACCACCUCCUAAACCAAAGCAAAACAAAGACAGCACGUUCAUGGAGAAGCUGCAUGCGGUGGAUGAGGAGUUGGCUUCGAGCCCAGUAUGCAUGGAUUCUUACCAGUCUCUGGAAGACAGCCUCAUUGCCUUCCGAACCCGGUCGAAGAGACCACUGAAGGAUGUUCCUCUUGGUCAGCUGGAGGCUGAACUCCGUGCCCCAGAUAUCACACCCGACAUGUAUGAUCCCAACACCGCGGAUGAUGAAGAAUGGAAAAGGUGGCUUGGAGGACUCAUGAAUGACGAUGUGGAGAACGAAGACGAAGCAGAUGAUGAUGAUGACCCUGAGUACAACUUCCUGGAAGAUCUGGAUGAACCAGAUACAGAAGAUUUCAGAAAUGAUCGUGCUGUGAGAAUUACCAAAAAGGAAGUGAAUGAGCUGAUGGAGGAGCUGUUUGAGACAUUUCAGGAUGAGAUGGGUUUCUCGAACAUGGAAGAUGAAGGCCCGGAAGAUGAAGAUAAUGUUACAGAGUCACGGCCAAAUUUUAAUACACCGCAGGCACUGAGGUUUGAAGAGCCUCUGGCCAAUUUACUGAAUGAACAACACCGAACGGUGAAGGAACAGCUUGAGCAGUUGAGAAUGAAAAAGUCCUCGAUCAAGCCACCACCAGAGAUAGAAAAAUCAAAACCUCAAAACGAGAAGCCUCUCCAGAGCCUGGUUCUGGACAGUGUGCAGAGAAAGAGGCUCCAGCAGCAAAUGCAGCAGCAUGUUCAGCUUCUGACUCAAAUCCAUCUCCUCGCAAGUUCCAACCCUGCUUUAAGUUCAGAAGCCAGUACCACCAGGAUGUUUUUGAGUGAGCUUGGCAACUUUGCUCGAAGCUCUACGCUCCUCCGGCAGUCGUUCAACCCCAAGUUUCAAACAACGUUCCAGCCCUGUAACUUGACUGGAGCGCUGCGGCUCAUCGAGGAUUUUCAUGCCCAAGUCCAGGUCGACUGGAGCCCUCGGAAAGCGGUGAAGAAGAGUGCUAAUGAAUUUCCCUGUUUGCCAAAGCAAGUGGCGUGGAUUUUGGCAACAAGGAGAGUCUUUAUGUAUCCAGAGUUACUGCCAGUCUGUUCCUUGAAAGCAAACCCUCCCCGGGACAAGAUCAUCUUCACCAAGGCAGAGGACAAUUUAUUGGCUUUAGGUUUGAAACAUUUUGAAGGGACAGAGUUCCCGAAGCCUUUGAUCAGCAAGUAUCUCAUGCCAACCAAAACUGCCCACCAGCUGACAGUGCGAAUCAAGAAUCUCAAUAUGAAUCGAGCCCCCGAUAACAUCAUCAGAUACUAUAAAAAGACAAAACAGUUGCCCAUUCUGUUGAAGUGCUGUGAGGAAAUCCAGCCUAAUGAGUGGAAGCCGCCUGUGGAGAGGGAAGAACAUCACCUGCCGUUCUGGCUAAAGGCAAGCUUGCCCUCCAUUCAGAGGGAAUUGAAGCAAUUAGCAGAAGAUACCAGGGAGAUGCCAGGUUCACCUGAUGCAGAAUCUGUCUUUUUGGGGACAGGAAAGGAAACUUCGGACACGGAUUGUGAUGAAAAAUACCCUCUACUCAUGCCCAAGGGACUAGUACUGACCUUAAAGCCCCUUGCCAAUCGAUUCUCUAGGAGAGCGUGGAGGAGGCAGAGGUCUUCAGCGCUGAAGCCGGUCCUCAUUCGUCCAAGUCCUUGUCUGCAGCCCAGUUCCAACACUGUUAACAUCCAAAAAACUGUGAAGUUGUCCCAGUCAGAAGCUCCUCCCAGCAAAGUUAUGGUUCAGAUUCCCCAGCUAAUCCAGCCAGCUACAGUUCUGCCAACGGUGCCGGGAGUGCAACAUCUGAAUGUUCCAGCUGUGGUAGGAAGUGGGGAUGGCUUGGAAUUGCAGAAUGUGCUCUCCACUUCGCAUUCGGACUCCAGACAAGCCUUCACAGCUGCUGUACCACCAGCAAUAGUGACCUCCAAUCCAAUAACUCUUCAGCCAAAACUGAUGUUGCCAGCUUUGGCUGGAGCAAAAGUACGCAAACCUUGCGUUCGUAAGGGAUACCAAAGGAAAAAAGGGACGAAAUCUGCCCCGCUGAUUAAGACUUCCCCUCUGAUUCAGCCGUCUCCGGUCAUCCUUACGGUCCCUGCUGCCACAGUGAAAGUGGUUAAUAUAGGCAAUGGUUGCAAUAUGAUUCAGCCCCUAAACACAACCGUUGGUAGAGGCACUCAGGCCAUUCCAGUUACAACCUUACUGGUGAAUCCAUCCACCUUCCCCUGUCCCUUAAAUCAGCCUCUAGUGACUUCUUCGAUCCCCUCGUUGAUAGUCUCUCCUAACCCUGUUGGUCUUUCUGCAUCAUCUGUUGGUGAAAAUGAAGAACAGCUGAAUCUGGUUCCUUCUUGCCCUGCUGGGAACAACAAAAAUACCUGUCCCGCCGCGGAGCCCAAGGUUGAACCCCCGGAGUUGUACGUUCCGUGCUCCGCUCUCUCCCCUAAGGAGGAGUGUGGUACAAAUCCUGCUGCUUCCAGUAACGGCAGUCAGGAAAAGGGAGGUGAGGGUGAGUGCUGUAGCUGGACAGUGGUAGAAGGAGACGGGAAUGUUCCUGAGCCAUUGGCCAUGGACCUUUUGCCUCACUUAGGAGAUCCAGAUGAAACGGUGAAAAUGGAGCCUGAAGAUUCCAGUGAUGUGGCCAAGGAAGUAGCUGCGGUACAGAAGAGGGAUCUUUCGUGCGCUGAAGUGAAGGAGGAGUUUGUGCUGGACCUUGGCCAGGAGCUGAACAUGGCGGCUGCAUGUUCAUGUUCAAAUGACCUGAAAGAAAUGAAAAAGGAGCAUGCUUCGUGUGACGAGAAGGGGGAAGAAGAACGGCGGGCUUUGCAGCCGUCGCCCUGCGGUGAGCAGCAGCGGGAUGCGGGUGGUGCUGUGGGACCACCACUCAGCGGCGACUCUCCAAAGAAUCUUUCGUGUACAGCGGAUGUUGAGGCGGAAUUUAGUAGUCCGCUGGGAAGACCAGAGGAUUCGUCCAGUAUAGACGGCCAGUCCGUUGGGACACCGGCUGGCCCUGAAGCUGGAGGAGAGAGAGAAGGACAAGAAGAGGAGGAAGAAGACGACUUUGAUGAUUUUACGCAAGAUGAGGAUGAAGAAAUGUCAUCAGCCUCAGAAGAAUCUAUUCUUUCAGUGCCAGAACUUCAGGAGACAAUGGAAAAACUUACUUGGCUUGCAACAGAGAGACGUUUGAGCCAAGAAGGAGAUUCUGAAGAAGAGAAUUCCCAGGAAGAGAACUCUGAGCCUGAGGAAGAGGAGGAGGAAGAAGGGGAAGGAAUAGAGAGUUCACAGAAAGAUGACGAAGCAUGUGGAGAUGUACUGGAGGAACCUAAGUCUGCCUUCACGCUGACGAAGGCGGCCCCGCAGGUGGAAGCCCACAGAAUGCCAGCGGGAGAAAACAUGAAAGCCCCUGGGAAGAGCAGGAGCUCCCACAGAACUAGAAAUAAGAGGGGACGGGCUCGUGCUAGCAAAGAUACAUCUAAGCUGCUCCUCUUGUAUGACGAGGACAUCCUGGAGAGAGAUCCCCUGCGGGAACAGAAGGAUCUGGCAUUUGCACAAGCCUAUCUAACCAGGGUGCGCGAAGCCUUGCAGCACAUUCCUGGAAAGUACGAAGACUUCCUCCGCGUUAUCUACGAGUUUGAGAUCAGCACGGACAAGCGAACAGCUGUGGAUCUCUACUCCACUUUACAGAAGCUGUUGCAUGACUGGCCACAGUUGCUCACGGAUUUUGCUGCCUUUCUUUUACCGGAGCAAGCGCUGGAGUGCGGACUGUUUGAGGAGCAGCAGGCAUUUGAAAAAAGCCGGAAGUUCCUCAGGCAGCUGGAGAUCUGUUUUGCCGAAAAUCCUGCCCACCACCAGAAGAUCAUCAAGGUUUUGCAGAGCUGUGCGGACUGCCUCCCCCAGGAGAUCGCAGAGCUGAAGACCCAGAUGUGGCAGCUGUUGAAGGGACACGACCACUUGCAGGACGAGUUCUCCGUUUUCUUUGAUCACUUGCGGCCCUCAGCCAGCCGCAUGGGAGACUUUGAGGAGAUCAACUGGACGGAAGAGAAGGAAUAUGAGUUUGAUGGGUUUGAAGAGGUGUCUUUGCCAGAUGUAGAAGAGGAGGAGGAGCCACCCAAGAUGCAUGCAGCCUCAAAAAAUAAGAAGCGGAAAGAGAUGGGAGGCCAGAACAAUGACAAGGAGGUCGAGUGGGUAGAUGGGAUGAAGGAAUGUUCAUGUUCCUGCCAUGAAGGGAGUAGCGAUCUCAAGCUAAAGAAAAGCAAAAGGAGGACCUGCAGCCAUUGUAGUAGUAAGGUGUGUGAAACCAAAUUUUAUAAAAACAAAGAUUCUCAAGAGCUGCCUGUAAGCCUUGUUCAGCAAGACUCAAGUCCUCGGCCUGAGGGGAAAGAUUCUGGAAUGUCUAAGGAACCUGCAGAAGAAAGCCUGGAGAACAGAGAUGAGGGAGAGGAUGUCCAGAGCAGGACAAAAACACCGUCUAGGAAAGUGGACUCUCUGGCUUCAGGGUCUCACCUGGAAGGAAAGAUUGUCCCCGGUAGACACGCACCUUCUGAAAAAGCUGCCCUGCCUGACAGUCAGCUUCAAGAAGCAGGUGCCAGUGCUGCUGUGAACGCUGCAAAGGACAGUGACUCUUCCAUCACUGGCCCCAGAUGGACGCAUCUGCAAAAAGCUACUCCAAAACUACCUCAAGAAACCAAAGACUGCCCGUGCACUGUGGGAAGUGAGAGUGAGGGACCAGCCCAGCAGCACCAAGGACACGCAGAAGCUUCCCUUGGACUGAGCAGAGAUCUGCUGCUGUCUUCUUGUUCUGCUACAGUGAAAGGUUUAGGGGGACCCAGUUCCUCUUGUGGGAACAGUUCAUGUCAGACCGCAGGGCUUCAGUCGGAUUCAGCAGAGAAGCUUUCCGUCUUCGGUCAUGCUUCAAAAUCGGGUGUGAAAGAACUGGAGGGAUCACCUUUGCCUCCGGAAGGAAAACCUGACACAAAGCAGGGUUGGGUAGUGCUGGCUAGAAAAGCAGCCCUGGGUAGCAGCUGCGGCUCAGAGUCCCCUGGUAAUCGCGUUGCGGAAGCAGAGGAUACGGGCUGCACUGGAAAUUCUCCUGAGAGCAGAUUAAAGUCAAGUGCAGGCACGUGCUUCCAGGUACAUCAGCAUUCUGAGCAGCCAGAAUACAGAGCGGUUACUGCCUCCCUGGGGCAGAAGGAAGAGGAGCAGCAACAGCAGCGAGUCACAGAAGCAACUGUGUGUGCCAAGAACAGCAAAGUCAGCUCGACUGGGGAGAAGGUUGUCCUCUGGACCAGGGAGGCUGACAGAGUCAUCCUCACCACCUGUCAGGAGAAAGGAGCCCAACUGGAAACCUUCCAGGCCAUCUCACAGAAACUGGGCAACAAGACUGCUAGUGAGGUAUCCCACAGGUUCAGAGAACUGAUGAAGCUGUUUCACACAUCCUGCGAUGGCAGCUCUGAAGAUGAGGAGGAUGCAACUAGUACCAGUAACACAGACCAGUUGUCGGAUAAAGAUCUUCUGCUUUCGGAGGAAGAACCCGAUGACUGA